AUGAAAAGAACGGGCGCUCUACCAUUUGACGAUGACAAUUUGCGUAAUCUGCUGGAGAAAGUGAAGAGAGGAAACUUUCAUAUUCCUCCUUUUGUUUCGUCUGAUUGUCAAGCUCUUCUUCGAGCUAUGAUUGAAAUCGACCCUAAAAAGAGAAUUUCUGAGCCUCCAUUGCAAACGGAGCCCCCAAUGUCUCAGGCUGUGCAAACUUCCAUCAUUCCAUCUCGUGAAGACGUCGAUCCCGAUAUUUUCGCCACCAUGACUUCCUUGCAGUGUUUCAGAAACGAAGAAAAGCUCUAUGACGCCCUGCUUUCACCCUAUCAUAAUACAGAGAAGGUUAUUUACUUCCUCCUCCUUGAUCGGAAGAUCAGAAGCCCGUGCUACGAGGAUCCGGAUGAAAUUAGAACGCGAAGUAGCACUAAAUCAGAACUCGUUGCCAUUAAACUUAAGACCAUCUACUUUCUUUCUAUUCUUUACGACAAGUCGACUGAAGAUAGAUCUAUAACUCGCGAUCCUAUCGAUUCUUCGUGUAAGGGGGUCUACUCAUCAGCUGUGGAUGUUCACGUUCGUAUCGAUCUUCAACUAAUUGAGAAGAUCCUAGCCCUUGUUUAUCCUCCCCGUAAAAGAAUCGACAGUCUUCGAUUAGGAAUUAAUGGAACUGUUCGUCUUUCAUUGGGAGAUCUUAGUGAAGGUUCGCCAUUGGCUGGUAGACGCGGACUAGCUGUUCAAAAAUUACGCAAGCAGUCUGCAAGUACUAAUUUGGAUAUUAGAUCAAGUACUCCAGCGAGUCCUAUCAGUUCUCCAAUUGGUUAUUAUCGAGGUCAUUAUCGUAUGAGCGGAUAUGAGGCGUGUAGCCCAAUCGAAGAAAUCACCGACCAAUAUCGAAAACAUGUCAUCUCUUCAACUCGAAAUCAAGCAGAGGCUCCUUUGAUUAUGCGGAAGCAUCCGAAUGUCCACCAGGGUCAGAUCCUUUCUCCUCGAAACCAAUAUCGAUUCUCUCAAAUACGACACACUUCUCUACGAACCCCGACAGAUCAUGUAUCUCUGUCUUCGGAUAGAAGGAGUUUUAACCAAAAAAAUAAUUCACAAACUCCGAAUUCAACAGAACCCGAGGUUCUGCGAAAGACUUCGAGUCCUCAGAGUCCGUCGCUUAUUCCUCGGCCAGCGGCUUGCGUUGAAAGUAGUAAAGAAUCAACACCGAAACGAGCUGAUGCAAGGAAAAUUGACCAAAAGUUAAACAUUGACGUUGCCAGCGAGAUCAUAUUAAAUCUAGAUACUCGACAAUAUAUGCAAAUAUCUGGAAAUAAAUAG